AUGGAGCUGUCAUUGCACCCUACACACAAACAUCAUCAAGUCCUUGAGCUGUCGGUAAUUGGUGGGGUCCACUUCGAAGAGCUGGCCGUACUGGUUUCUGUGUUUGGGCUGCUGCUGGUAAAUGUUGAUGGUGGAUGUGCCCUUGGCCUCGCCUGCGAAGGGCCAAAUGCCGCCUUCUUCAUGGUGGCUCAUGGACCUGAUUUGCUCCUCCGAGGCCUUCAUUAUUACACCUUGCUUCUGUUGUCCGAAGAUCCUCUGCAACCUAUCACUCCUUGUCUGAAUACAGAGUGGAUCAACCGAGCUAAAAAAAAAAUUAAUCCAGCAGAAUAUUAUAGAUUGGAUAUUCUUACAUUGAAGGCAGCUUCGAGUAUCUCCUUGCUGAAGGCUUUGAAGAAGGAUUCGGGAUUCUCUCCUCCAGCUCCGAAAAAUGACUGUUGUGUUAAAUCAAUAUAUCAAAACCUGGAAUUGACCGGGGGUGUUGACGGGCUGGAGAAGCUUAGCCAGGACAAGCUUCUGGUUUUUAUCACUGUUGAUGAGGUAAGUUGUUGUGCCAGAGUUUAUCCUGAAUAUAUCUCCUUGUUUGAUAUUGAAGCUCUCCCUCCUGUCUUCAUUGGCAUCCCAGUGGUUAGGCACGACGAAGGUUUGAGGAUCCGCCUCGAGAAGCGUGACCCUAUAAUUUUCAAUCCCUCGGAGCAAAUCCGACCGCUCCGUGAACCUCUGGAGGAUCCGAACCUGGCCGUGCUGUGUCUUCAUCCCUGUCAUAAAGUGCCUGUCCUCGAAAACGUACGGACUAUUACUACUUUCCUUUUCCCUUUCGCCACGUGUCAUGAUGUCCUCUUCAUACCUCUCCUUUUCCCGUUCACCUCUUGCCGCUCGGGAGACUGGCGCUGCCUCUCACACGAUUGGGUGCACUCGCGCAAGCGCUCGAUGGGGCUCUUGCCACGUGGCUCUUGGGCUGCAAGGCCCAAAGCUGCUUGGGCUAGGAUAAGGCCCAGGAGGGCCAACCCGAAUCUUACUCCGGAACUCAUGAUUGAUGAUAUUUUCUCCUUUUUUUUUUGUGUAGUGGAAGUGUUUUGUGUAGUUGAUGGGAAAUGA